UCAUGAAAAGGGGAUCCAAGCAGCUCUCCACAUCUGAUUCUAACUUGUCUCGAGUCGUGACAAAGGUUCGUUGGAUUGUAGAAGCAACAAAUGGGCGACUGAAACAGUGGCAGUAUUUAGCUAAAACGUUACCAAACUCGCAAAUCCCAUUUAUUGGUGACUAUGUGAGAAUUGUGGCGGCACUGUGCAAUAAGUACAGGCCACCACUUAGUGUGUCAUCCGAUGAGGACAAACAACUUGCUGCAAAAAUGCUUCACCUUUCAGAAAGAGUCAACACAUUACAAGAACGCGUGGAAACUGAGGGACUUGACAGAAGAGGGAUGCGUUGGACUAAAGUUGAUGCAGAGAAUGUUGCCCCAGAUUUCCCAUGCUAUGAAGAGACUGAAUUGCGCCAACUUACUCUUGGAGUAUAUCAACUUCGCAUGGCCCAUUCCUAUGCUAAAGAGCACAUUGAUGAAGAUGGUGGAUUUGAAAUCUGCAUUAGUGAUGACAUUCCUGGGUUAGUUAGUGCUAAGAUUCAAAGCAGACAUAUAGCUGCUAAACAGUACAGAUGCUGGGUUAGUUUCAGUGAUGGAGUGGUGGAUGGGUGGUACUGCAAAUGUAAAGCUGGGACUAGAGUUGUUGGAAUGUGUGGUCAUGUAACCAGUAUUGUAUGGUACCUCUCUUUCGGGCGUCAUCAGGAGUUGGUGAAAGGGGUUCGUAACUGGACUACAACACUGGAGGACGCCUCUGACAUCCAGGACAUUAUAGAUGAAUCGGAUAGUGAUGGUGAUGACAAUGGUUUGGAAGAGUGAUAGAAAACGAGGAAGCAUUACAGAUAGAA